AUGACUCCGAAGCGCCCUAGAGACUUACUCAAAGAUGUCCUUGAAUUUCUUCUGGAAGACUGGGAUACCAAUGUUGUGGCUACAUUGAAGACCUUAGAACCAGACCAGGCUGCAGUCUUGGUCACCUACAUUGCCCAACAAGCUGGGAUCAUGGACCGACAGAUCAAGAAGAGUAGAUUGGCUCUCCUCUCUUUCUCAUCUUCCAAGUGGGCUGAAGUGGCUCCUCACUUUGGCUUGUCGGGUGCUGUGGAACAUCUACAACUUGAACCCUUCUCAUCGCCAUCGUUCGACUUGCCUGAGCCUGCUAUGGUUCCCACGACAUACUCACCUGGAGGCGUAGUUGAGCAUAAGGACAUCCUAAUUGCAAACAUAACAUGGGAACACUUUUGCUCCAACAUGAUCCCUGCCGCGAAUAAGAUUUUCAGUGUCUUAAUGCAUGGAUAUCUGGAAUCUGUCGAAGCGACUGUCACACUUUGCCAGGCAAGGGAUCAGAGUGAGGAUUCCUCAGACAAUGGUUCCUUGCCAUCACAUCAAAUGAUAGACAAGCCUUCAAUUCUUGCAUCAACAUCUGUUAUCAGUCAGUGCAUGGGAGCAUCGAGUCGCAUUCAUCCUUCCCUCGCAGCACUAGAAAACGGGCUUGCCCUUGCCAAACAAGCAUAUGAGGAGUUGCAAAAGUGUACUCUGGUUGGAGCUACAGAUCAGUUCAAGAAAAGCCCAACUGACACACUGGAUCUCCUUUCAAGAAGGUAG